AUCGCUCGGUUCGUUUCCGGGUUUUGCGAGCAGACCGAUAAAACCGGAGUAUGUCUCCGCUCGCAGCAGGGCAGGAGUGCGGGUAAAGACCUCCGUAGCGACCCGGACAGCCUUCACAGUGACUCCUUUAACACGUCGUUCACUCAAACAAGUGUGAGCGGAACGAGCAGGCCGCCGGGCUGCGCUGACACUGACAGCCGGGAGGUAAACAGCUCGAUGCUAACAGGCUAACCGCGGCUAGCUGAUAACACUAGCUAGCAUAGCGAGCUAACAAGCUAGCCGGCUAACUUGUGGGCUGUUGAGUUACAACACCGGGACCUCCCGUCUUGAUUUUUUUUGGUGUCAACCUCAACAGAUAGAAGACUUUUUUUUGUUUGUUUGUCAUCCAUGCUGCUGUGGAGGACCGGCUGAUCGGAGCUGCUCUUGUCCCGGCCUCACGGAGUCAGCGCUGUCGUCCCAGCUGAGACGGUGACAUCACCGGCCCUUACCACCACCACCCCCCCGCAACCCCACCCCACGCAGAGAGGUGCCAACAGAGGGACAGGAUGCCUGCUCCUCCCCCUCCCCCCUCCUCCCCCUGGACCCCCGCCUCCCCCACCUUCAGUCAGGCGAACACGACUCCCCCGAAGCUGGGCUCGUCUGACAAUAAGAACAGAGGAGCGCUGCUGUCAGACAUCUGCAAAGGCGCCAGACUGAAGAAGGUCGGCGUGGUGAACGACCGGAGCAGUCCCAUUAUAGAGAAAACUGGAGGUGGCGGAGGAGGUGGCGGAGGAGGUGGCGGAGGAGGUGGCGGAGGAGGUGGCGGCGGUGAGGGAGGAGGUGGUGGAGGUUUUGGAGGCGGAGGGCCGAUGGGGAUGGGAGGCCUUUUCCAAGGAGGUGUGCCAAAAUUGCGCCCAGUUGGAGACGGUUCAGCCAGCGGUUCGGUGGGCCGAUCCGCCCUGCGUCCUCCGGGGUCCCGGUCUGCGGCCCCCGCCCCCACGGGACGCUCCUCCUCGCCCUCCCCGCCCAACAAGCCCUCUCCACCGGAGCACCAGCGCUCCCACCGCCCGCUCCCCGACAUCUCCCGCCCCUCCAACCACAACAACAGCAGCAGCUCCUCCUCAGCAGGGAUGAAGCACAGCACCUCCGCCCCGCCUCCUCCUCCACCCUUCAACAGAGGUGGCCGCAGCAACGCUCCGCCCACUCCCAACCAGAAAGCACAUGCCCCGCCUUCCUCCUCCUCCGCUCACAGCAGAGAGAAGCCCCUCCCCCGACGCCCAGCAGAGGCCCCACCCCCUCCCUCCUCCGUGAAGCCGCCUCCGUCUUCCAGCAGGCCGCCUACCGGUGGCUCCUCAGCUGCUCCUCCGCCUCCUCCGCCAUACAGACCACACACAUCGGGCGGCGUCUCCAACGGGCCCUCCCACGUGGACGGCGGCGGCGCUCCAGAGCUGCCGCAGAGGCACAACUCCCUGCACAAAAAACACUCAUCGGGAGGCGGCACCCAAGGACGCAGCCACGCUCCGCCACCUCCUCCCUCAUCGUCUCCAUCCUCCCAGCAGCCCAGCAGACCGCCACCACCCGCCAGAGAGCCACCCGGACGCAGAUCAGCUCCCCAGGUGCCCCCUGGAUCUCGUAACGGCGGUCGUGACGGCCCUCCCCCCCCUCCUCCGUACCGCGUCCACAGCUCUGCGGCCUCAGAGGCGCACAGCCGAGCGGGCAAACCGCCUCCACCUCCCUCCUCUUCCUCCUCCAUCUCAUCAUCAUCAUCCUCCUCCUUGUCCUCCUCCCGAACCCCGGCUGGACCCCCUCCACCGCCCCCGCCCAUCCGGAACGGCCACUCCUCCAUCUCCUCCUCCAGGUCCAUCAUAGAUGAUUUUGAAUCCAAGUUUAACUUCCACCCCAUUGAAGACCUCCCACCUCCAGAGGAGUACAGGCAUUUCAGCAAGGUCUACCCCAGCAAAACCAACAAGGCCAUGAUGAGAGUAGCUCCUCCAGCGCCGCCGGUGGGGAGGUGAACGGACCUCCGCUCAGGACUUUAACUCUCCAUCAGCCGACUCCGAGGACGGUCGGGGAGGAGAGAGAGAGAGAGAGAGAGGGAGUGGUGAAGAAGAGCUCUAAUCACACAACACACUACGACACACACUAACACUAAAACCACCAGCUGGAAGCACAACGUAAACACCGCGACACCUCAGCAGGUUUGACACGACUCGCCGUCACCUUCUGUCUUUGCACGAGAGAAACAAGAAACGACAAAAAAACAAACACUGACGCUAGAUCAGAACCCGACGUCUCCUCUGCUGACCCGACGUAGAGGCUUCUGCAUCGACACUAAACAUAUCAGGACCAAACUCCAAAUCUGUGCAUUCCAUCUUUUUAUUUUAUUUGUAUCCAUAAUCAUGAUUAUAAUGGUGACUUUCAUAAUUCUGAAUAACGUUUUGAUUUUAUUCUUUUUUUUUUUUGGUGUCAGCAUUCAUUUUGUGGAAACUGUCUUUUAUUGAAUUUAUAUUUUCAGCAGAUGAAUUCCAACAGAACUGAUGAUGCCAUGAAUGUGUGGGGGGGGGCGGAGUGACUGUUAUUUAUCUUUUAUUAUUGGGUUAUAUUUUGUCUUAAAUAGCCAUUCCAGGAGUGCCAGGUGAGGGUGCGUUUGAAUCGAACUCUCUUGUGUCAGUGUGCCAAAACCUGGGUGGAGUCAAACGAACUGCACAGGACAGUUUCCAUACAUUUAAUUCCAUAUUUAAUUGAGAUGUUUUUCCAAACAGAAAGCAAACUUGCAAAUCUCGCCAAGUUAUGACAGAAGCUGGUAGUUUAUUUUUUACACUAGGAGAGGGAUUAUUUCAAGUUUGUUUUUUGUGCCCCCUACUUUCCUUUAUUUGGGUUUUUUAAAUAUUUCCAUCUUGGGGCGAUUGUUGCACGGAAGCUGAACAGCUCAACCGAGACACUGUGCACGACGCUUAUUUAUGCACUUAUGAUGACAGAAGACCCUGAGAUCAGGAUUCACGACAGACAUCUAGAAAAAACGACUACAAGGCUUCAUCCCUGAUGUGUUUGACAAACUGUAGCUCACAUAGUCAGCAUCGUUCUCCAUGACACACUGUGAGUCCAGAGGCCAACACUACAUUAUUAUUUGUUUCCUGGACCGAGUUUGAGCUGCAGGUUUGCAGUGCAGAGUUUUAAAGGUGUUUAUAAGGGAUCAUUUAUCUACUCCCUGUCCGGGGAAGUCGAUCUGAAAGCUAAAAAUUCUGUUCUGAAUCCUUCAUUUAACUUUUUCUUCCGGUGACCCCUUUUUUUUUUUUUUU